GCCUACUAGUGGAAAUAAUUAUUGAUCUCCAGUUCUCGAGUAGACUUCCCAAGUUUAGUGAAUUUUUUGUGUAAAUAAGGUGGUUUUUUGUGCGUGUAACUUAAAAAAACUUGAAGGAAUCAAGUUGAGAACUUAAUGAGUGGAAUAUGAGGUGUUUACCUCUCCUAUAUUUUGGUAUAUCGGCUAUAUUCCAAGAAUGCUAUGCUUUGAUUCCUGGUUUUUAUGGUGGCAGCAGGAUGAUAAAGGAGCACUUGAUGCAAGGGAAGUUCCUGAAAUCAUUUCCCGGACAAACCUGUGAACUUAUUCCAAAUAUAGGACUGCCGUAUCCCGAAUACCACGCUGGGGACUCUCACUAUGCGACAAAACUGUUAUCUCUCAAUUCUUACAUUUGUGCAGAUAUGAAGUUUGCAGAGCCCUACUAUAAGACGGAAGCAGUGCAUUUGUAUGACAACAUUGAUCACCACAUUUUUCACCCUUAUAAGGAACCAGGUGUGGAACGGUCUUUCGGAAUUCAAGAUAACGGUUUCAUAUUGGGCCGGGCAAAAUACUAUGACAGAGAGGAGAAACCGUUUAAUAUUUAUACGGGAAAAUACUUGAAAACAUCCAAGGGCGACGGCACACUGAAACCACCCAGGGGCCACAAACAGAAGCACAAAUUGACCUUCAAGCAUUCUGACAGUUCUGAGGCAUCGCAAGAUGACAGUGGGUCCAUUUCCCAAGCAAAGCACAAAGCUCCAAUAAAGAAUGCGAAGGUGGCUUCAAGGAUGGUGUCUGAUUCUGAAAGUUCUGAGUCAGUUGAGAAGUCGGAUCGUGACAGAAGUAUCUCCAAGAGUGAUGACAGAGAAGUUGUCCAAGAAGCGAAUAAACCUUCAAUGCCAGGCAAUCAGGUGCUUGGCGCUGCUUCAGGAGGAGCUCUGGCCGGGGGGAGGAAGAAGCUGGAAAAGGGAGUAGUUGGUGCUAAAAACCGCGGGAAAGAUGUAGUGGAGGGGGCGAAAAAAGUUGGAGAUUAUAUGGUGAAGGGGGCAAAAAAGCAUGGUGAUGAUAUGGUGGAAGGGGCAAAAAAUCUAGGAACUAAUAUGGUGAAGGGGGCAAAAAAGCAUGGUGAUGAUAUGGUGGAAGGGGCAAAAAAUCUAGGGAAGAAUAUGGCGAAGGGGGCAAAAAAGCAUGGUAGUGAUAUGGUGGAAGGGGCAAAAAAUCUAGGAAAUAAUAUGGCAAAGGGGGCAAAAAAGCAUGGUGAUGAUAUGGUGGAAGGGGCAAAAAAUCUAGGAAAUAAUAUGGCGAAGGGGGCAAAAAAGCAUGGUGAUGAUAUGGUGGAAGGGGCGAAAAAUCUAGGAAGUAAUAUGGCGAAGGGGGCAAAAAAGCAUGGUGAUGAUAUAGUGGAAGGGGCAAAAAAUCUAGGAAGUAAUAUGGCGAAGGGGGCAAAAAAGCAUGGAAGUGAUAUGUUGGAAAAUGUAAAAGAACGUGGAAAGAGUGUGUUGGAAGAUGCACGAGAUCGUGGUAAGAGUAUGGUAGAUAAAGGUACGAGCCAUGCAAAAGGAAUAAUAAAAGAUGUGAAGAGCCGUGGAGGAGAUUUAGUGGAAAAAGGGAAGAGUGGUGCAAAAGGAAAAAUGGAAGAUGUGAAGAGCCGUGGAGAAGAUUUGGUAGGAAAAGGGAAGAGUGGUGCAAAAGGAAUAAUAAAAGAUGUGAAGAGCCGUGGAGAAGAUUUAGUGGAAAAAGGGAAGAGUGGUGCAAAAAGGAAAAUGGGAGAUGUGAAGAGCCGUGGAGAAGAUUUGGUAGAAAAAGGGAAGAGUGGUGCAAAAGGAACAAUGGAAGAUGUGAAGAGCCAUGGAGGAGAUUUGGUGGAAAAAGGGAAGAGUGGUGCAAAAGGAAUAAUGGAAGAUGUGAAGAGCCGUGGAGAAGAUUUAGUGGAAAAAGGGAAGAGUGGUGCAAAAGGAAAAAUGGAAGAUGUGAAGAGCCGUGGAGAAGAUUUGGUAGAAAAAGGGAAGAGUGGUGCAAAAGGAAAAAUGGAAGAUGUGGAGAGCCGUGGAGAAGAUUUGGUAGAAAAAGGGAAGAGUGGUGCAAAAGGAAAAAUGGAAGAUGUGAAGAGCCGUGGAGAAGAUUUGGUGGAAGAAGGGAAGAGUGGUGCAAAAGGAAUAAUGGAAGAUGUGAAGAGCCGUGGAGAAGAUUUAGUGGAAAAAGGGAAGAGUGGUGCAAAAGGAAAAAUGGAAGAUGUGAAGAGCCGUGGAGAAGAUUUGGUAGAAAAAGGGAAGAGUGGUGCAAAAGGAAUAAUGGAAGAUGUGGAGAGUGCAGGGAAGGCAGUAGUGGACAAUUCACCUGUUGUUGGGAGGAAGAGGAAGAGAAGGAGGAAGAAACAUCAUCAAAAUUGA